AUGGCGUGGCCGUGCAUCACGCGGGCCUGCUGCAUCGCCCGCUUCUGGAACCAGCUGGACAAGGCAGACAUCGCCGUGCCGCUGGUUUUCACCAAGUACUCCGAGGCCACAGAGCACCCGGGCGCCCCGCCGCAGCCGCCACCGCAGCCGGCGCCCGCGCCCCCCUCGGCGCGAGCGGUCGCCAUAGAGACGCAGCCGGCCCAGGGCGACUCGGAUGUAGUUGCCCGGGCAACAGGGCGGGCCCCGGGGCCUGGCGGCCAACGCGAGGCUGCGGCUGCGCCAGGCCGGGGCGGGUCGGGCCCUAGCGUGGGCUCCGGCUCCACCUCCGGCUCCGGCCCUGCGGACUCGGUGAUGCGGCAGGAUUACCGCGCCUGGAAAGUACAGCGGCCCGAACCCAGCUGCCGGCCGCGCAGCGAGUACCAGCCGUCGGACGCGCCCUUCGAGCGCGAGACCCAGUACCAGAAGGACUUCCGAGCCUGGCCCCUCCCGCGCCGCGGAGACCACCCCUGGAUCCCCAAGCCUGUGCAGAUCCCCGUGUCCUCUCAGACUUCCGCUCCCAUUCUCGGGGCACCCAAGCGCAGGCCGAAGAGCCAGGAACGCUGGCCCAUGCAGUCCGAGGCCAUGGAGCAGGGAGGAGCUGGUGUCCUGGCGGCAGGAAAGGCUUCGGGUGGAGAUGAGCGCGACACCCGCAGGAAGGCUGGGCCCGCCUGGAUGGUGCGCCGCUCUGAGGGCCACGAGCAGACGCCGAUGCCUGCUGCUCAGACCCAGGCCGAAGAGGGAGGCCCGGCGGCGGGAAAGGCAUCGGGUGGAGAUGAGCGCGACACUCGCCGGAAGGCUGGGCCCGCCUGGAUGGUGCAUCGCACCGAAGGGCACGGGCCCGAGCAAAGCCCGAUGCCUGCCGCGCAGACCCAGGCCGAAGAGGGAGGCCCGGCGGCGGGAAAGGCAUCGGGUGGAGAUGAGCGCGACACUCGCCGGAAGGCCGGGCCCGCCUGGAUGGUGAGCCGCUCCGAGGGACGUGAGCAAACACCGAUGCCUGCUGCUCAGACCCAGGCCGAAGACGGAGGCCCGGCGGCGGGAAAGGCAUCGGGUGGAGACGAGCGCGACACCCGCAGGAAGGCCGGGCCCGCCUGGAUGGUGAGCCGCUCCGAGGGACGUGAGCAAACACCGAUGCCUGCUGCUCAGACCCAGGCCGAAGACGGAGGCCCGGCGGCGGGAAAGGCAUCGGGUGGAGAUGAGCGCGACACCCGCAGGAAGGCCGGGCCCGCCUGGAUGGUGAGCCGCUCCGAGGGACGUGAGCAAACAUCGAUGCCUACUGCUCAGACCCAAGCCGAAGAGGGAGGCCCGGCGGCGGGAAAGGCGUCCGGUGCGGAGGAGCGCGACACCCGCAGGAGGGCCGGGCCCCCAUGGAUGGUGCAUCGCACCGAAGGGCACGAGCAGACGCCCUUGCCUCCAGCCCAAACCCAGGCCGAAGAAGGAGGCCCGGCGGCUGGAAAGCCAUCCGGUGCGGAUGAGGGAGACACCCGCAGGAAGGCCGGGCCCGCUUGGAUGGUGCGCCGCUCCGAAGGCCACGAGCCCUCCAUGCAGUCCCAGGCUGCAGGCCCUGAUGGUGGCAAGGGACGAGCAAUGGCAGAUGCUCUGAACCGGCAAAUCCGCGAGGAGGUGACUAGUGCAGUGAGCAGCUCCUACAGAAAUGAAUUCAGAGCGUGGACAGACGUCAAGCCUGUGAAACCAAUCAAAGCAAAGCCCCAAUACAAGCCCCCAGAUGACAAGAUGGCUCAUGAGACCAGCUACAGUGCCCAGUUCAAAGGGGAGGUCAAUAAACCCACUGCAGCUGACAAUAAGAUCAUCGAUCGCAGAAGAAUACGUAGCCUUUAUAGUGAACCUUUCAAGGAACCCCCAAAGGUGGAGAAGCCUAGUGUUCAGAGUUCCAAACCAAAAAAGACCUCAGCGAGCCAUAAGCCCCCGAGGAAGGCCAAAGACAAACAGGUGGUGUCAGGCCAGGCCGCCAAGAAAAAAAGUGCAGAGGGUGCUGUCGCCGCCAAACCCGAUGAUAAGGAGCAAAGUAAAGAGAUGAGCAAUAAACUGGCUGAGGCUAAAGAGAGCCCUGUCCCACCUGCCAGUGAUUCACGUAAGAAUCAAGGUCCUGUAGUCCCAGAGCCAGACAAGGAUCAAGGUCCUGUGGUCCCAGGGCUUCUGAAAGGUCAAAGUCCUGUGGUCCAAGAACCUCUGAAGGAUCAAGGCCCCAUGGUCCUGGGACCUCCAAAGGAUCGAGGUGCUGUGAUCUCUGGGCCGCCAGAGAAUCAGGGUCCUGUGGCCCCUGGGUCUCCAAAGGAUCAAGGUGCUGUAGUCCCAGGGUGCCUGAAGGAUCUAGGUCCCAUGGCCCCAGUGCCAGUUAAAGAGCAAGAUCACAUGGUCCUUAAGCCUUUAAAGAAUGAAGGUUCUGCCACUUCAGCACCAGCCAAGGACCAAGGUCCUUUAGUCCUAGAGCCUCUAAAGAUUCAAAGUCCUAUGAUUCCAGCAAGAAUUACGGAUCCAGGUUCCGUGGUACCAGCACCUCUGAAAGAUCAAGGUCCUGUGGCUCCUGAGCCUGGGAAGAAUCAAGGUCCUCUGGUCCCAGCACCUGGUAAGGAUCAAGGUCCUGCAGGCCCAGAGCAUCUGGAGGAUCAGAGCAUCCUGGUCAUGGCACCUACAAAGAAUCAAGGUCCUGUGGUCUCUGAACCUAUGAAGACUCAAGACUUUAUAGUCCCAGAGCCAAUCAAGAAUCAAGAUGUAGUGGCCCCUGAGGACCUGAAGGGAUAUGAUUCUGUGCUAAAGAAUCAAGGUCCUGUGGUCUCUGAGUCUGUGAAGAUCCAAGACCCCAUUGUCCCAACGCUAGUUAAGGAUCAAGGUCCCAUGGUCCUAGAAUCUCCAAAGAAUCAAGCUCCUCUAAUCUCUGAGCCUAUGAAGACCCAAGUUCCUAUCAUCCCAGUGCCUCUGAAGGACCCAGAUCCUCUGGUAUCAGCACCAGCAAAGGACCAAGGUCCUGUGGUCCCUGACCCUCUGAAGACUCAAGGUCCCAGGGCCCCUCAACUGCCCACUGUCUCACCUCCACCCCCAGUCAUGAUCCCCACUGUCCCCCGUGCGGAAUAUAUUGAGGGGUCUCCCUGAUGUCCCCACACACACACACUUGACAUGCCACCGAAGGAGCUGCCCGUGAACUGCUCCCUCCCAUGGGGGUGGGGAACAGAGUCACAAAUAUUUAAUCUGCAUGAAGCCAAAGCCGUGCUGUAUCGUUGUGCUGGCGUCUAAUAAAAG